AUGGCGGUGAGCGGAACAGUGACCUCCUACAACCCCCAUAAGGGAUGGGGAUUCAUCGAAUGCAACGGCCAAGAUGUCUUUGUCAACAGGCGUCAGUGCGGAGGCUACUGCCUCUCCAAAGGCAUGAAGGUCGCCUUCAACGUCACGCAGGGCGAGAAGGGCCAGCAGGCCACGGAAGUGAAGGUCAUGGUGACACCGGAGGAAGCCACCUAUCAUGGUGAAAUCAAGUCCUUCAACCCCACCAAGGGCUAUGGAUUUGUGGGUUGCGAGGCCUUCCCAGGGCAAGAUGUCUUUGUGCUCAAGUCCGAAAUCCCUGGCGGAUUCGCCCCACAGGGAGGCCAUUGCAAAUUCAAGGUGAAGACUGACAGUGAGAAAGGUCCAGCUGCUACAGAAGUGCAGCUCCUCGGGGCCGCGGGAAAUCAGUACCAGCAGAUGAAGCAACUAGCCUUCUAUGGCGGUUUCAAGGGCUUCGGAAAGGGCAAGGGCUUCUUCAAGGGCGGCAAGGGCCCACGUGUAGAUCCGUCUCAGAAGGUGUGGAUUGGUGGCAUCUCGCCGGGCACCUCCUGGAAGGAACUGCAGGAGCACAUGAACCAGGUGGGCAAGACCAAGUGGGUUGAGGUGUUCGAGGGCAAAGGUGCUGGUACCGGCACUGCAGCUUACAGUUCUGUGGAAGAGGUGGCACAAGCCAUCGCAACCCUCAACGGGUCGACCUUGGGAGGCGGUGCCAUCCAGGUGGAUGCUUGGGUCAAAGCCCCCAAGGAGGAGGCCGCACCGGCGUAAAUCUCUUUACAGCGUGCUGUGCUCCACCGACUGGACAAAUUCGUGGCCCAAAAUGUACGAAGCGAAAAUAGCUGGUGAAAAUAGCAA